UUAAAACAAUAAAAACAAAAUUAAAAGCAACAAAACAAAUGCCACGGCUUGCAAGUAAGGAAGAAACGCAAAACGUCAGCAAAAAAAGUAGAAACAAGUGAAGAAAACAAAAACCGACAUAACCAACAUAAGAAGCCAACUAAGCUGAAAAGAGCAGUGAAAAACAAUCAUAUAAAAAAUUUGAAAGAGUGUUUUUAGCACUCAAAACUAAGACAGAAGCUGAUAUGGGAAUUAAUAUUAGCAGGCAGACAGACUUGGCAGGAAAUGUAUAUUUGCAAAAGUUUGUAGGAAGGACACAUAUUCAUCAUGAUGACUUGGAGUUUUGGCGAGCACUGUUAAAUUAUAAUAUAAGUAUUCCCGAGACCAGUCAAGAUCAAUUGAAUCUAGAUUCGCGAUUGGAAUCAUUGUGUCAGUCAUUCAUCAGUAAUAACUUGAAAACUGGAAAUUUUGGUUCACUGAUUGUUGUAUUCUUGGAAAAAGUCGCAGAAUUGUUAUCCCUAUCGGAUCAAGAAAGCAAUUUACAUAUAUGGCAGACAUUCAAUGCUUUAUUUAUAAUACGCACCGUGAUCAAGUAUAUCAUAGAGACGGGUUCAGAGUUUCAAUUGCUGCAGCAUUUCGAAGCUAUACCAAAUGAACAGUUAUUAAAGGCGGAAGAAGAAAAUUUGACAGCAGUAACUGCAGAAAAUGUAGUCAUUGGCACGGAGGCUAAUGGUAACGAUGAAGCUGCGAUUGCGAUCAACACAGCCGUAAUGGUGGACGGGUCUAAAUUCGAGACAUUCAUUGAUGCCAUAGUCAAUUUGAUUGUUGUCAUACCUGUGAAAGAGUUUACAUAUCAUUUGCAUCUGGAAUCGGUUAACUGUUUGAUCACUUUGUUGUCGGUUCAUUUGUUUACACAACAGGCUGCAGAAAAGCUCAUCAUCUUCCGAACUAUAUAUAAAUGUCAGCACGCGAACGUAUUAAUGUCGGCUCUGUUGCAUUUUGUAGCUCGCUUGGUAGAAGUUCCACCCACUAUGUUUGGUAAUGCUUCAACUGGCUCAUUUGUUUUCGGUAUAGCGGAAUCUUUGCUCUCAAUAUUUAGUUUCCGUAAGCAACAGGAUAUUUUGAAAAUUAGUGGCGUGACUGGAGUAGAGCUGUCAUUACAAUUUCGGCAACAUUUCCCUUUGGCCAAUCAAAGUCUUCUCUUAAUUCUCAUACUAACCAAUCAUUGCACGAGCAAAGGCAAUGCUUACCGUGCUAGUUUAUUCGGCUGUGCUGAUUCGAAGGAGUCGCCAAAAGAAGGCAGUAAUACGUUUCAAAUUGACUUUUCAGCGGUAUAUGAGACUUUGUGCCGUGUAGUAACCAUUGAUCAGGCUACUUUACUGCUGUAUCUCCUAUUGCACCGUAACGAGCGCUUCUAUAAAUUCGUAAUGACGCAACCUGAUCUUGAAAAGUUGGUUACACCGAUUUUGCAGACUUUGUACAAUGCUCCCGAUAGCACUUCACAUCACAUUUAUAUGUCGCUAAUAGUUCUGCUUAUAUUAAGUGAGGAUGAUGGCUUCAACAAAAAUGUUCACAAUAUUAUUUUGAAAAACGUCACUUGGUAUACAGAACGCACCAUUUCCGAAAUUUCGUUAGGAGGCCUUUUGAUAUUGGUGGUUAUACGCACUAUACAGUACAAUAUGUUGAAAAUGCGUGACAAAUAUUUACACACUAAUUGCUUAGCUGCUUUGGCAAAUAUGUCGGGACAGUUUCGCAAUCUUCAUCCGUACGUAGCGCAACGGCUGAUAUCUCUGUUCGAGACACUGGCACGCAAACACACCCGUUUAGAUGCUCAACUUAAAGAACCUGUUAAUAGUGCCGUAUUUGUUAAUGUUUCCACCACACCUGAGGACAUGAUGCAAGACUUGACCGUUUUGGAGGAAGUAUUGCGUAUGGUAUUGGAAAUUUUAAAUUCAUGUCUUUCCAAUCAAUUGGUUUACUGUCCAAAUUUGGUAUAUACUCUCCUGUAUAAACGUAGCGUUUUCGAGGGAUUCCGCAGCCAUCAUGCCUUCCAGGAUAUAAUACAAAAUAUUGAUAUGGUAGUGGGCUUCUUUUCGUCUCGUUUGCAGCGAGUACAAGAACAACGUGGAGAGUUGGGUGUAAAUGAAGUGUUUGAAGUGAUUUCUAAAGGUGCCAGUCAGUGGUCAAGCGAUCGGUUACGGAAAUUUGCCGAUUUAAAAUUUAAAUACGUUGAAGAAGAUGCUCCUGAGGAGUUUUUCAUACCAUAUGUGUGGACACUGGUGUGCAAAUAUGGCUGUGUGCACUUUAGCUCUGAGAGCAUAAAAGGUAUCACCGCUGAAAUAUCGUGCUAAUAUAGAACAAGAAGAACCCGAAAAGAAAGGACGACACAAAUACAAAAUUUGAAAAACAAAAUUUUAUAAUCAAAUGAAUGCAAAGACAUCUUCCCCUGUCUACGUUAACCGUUUGUUACAUUUUCCCAUUUUCCAUUUACAAAAGUAAUAUACAGAAUAUCAAAUUUUUGUUUUCUUUCUUUCACUCUACUCAAAAGUCUUUUUUUUCUUUGUUUUUUGUUUUUCAAUUAUUUUGUUUAGUUUUAUAUUAAUUUGCGUUAAUUGGCUUACGGUUAAGCAAAUUUCCCCUAUUUUCCAUUUUCUUUCAUAUCGUGUUAUGUUAUGUUUUUUUUUUUUAAUGACCUUGAAAAAAGUUUGAAUUAUUCCACAUGCACUUAGGCAACUGGCACAAGCAAUUCUAAUUGAGUUUUCCGUAAGCUUUUUAGCAAAUCAAUAUAAUUAAUUAAAGAAAUAUUGAAAAA